AUGUCGGUGGUAUCGCUAGUUCCUGCGAACAGCCAGAGACGCAGAGCGACGGCUGUGAAGUCCUUCGAAGACUUCCUUGCGAAGAAGGAGAACUGGCUGGCGGAUCUGUACCCGCAACAGGGCCAAUGUGUAGCUAAGAAGCUGCAAAAGAUGCUAUCAACUCUAGAUCGGUACUGUGAAAAGAGGCCGGAGCAAGGUGUCACGAAACAAGCGCCACCAUGUACUAAGAAAGAUAUAAAGACUAUCAUCUCGGCUCUCUACAUGCACGCUUCCGCCAACUCCGACUACCUGGAUGCGGCGCUAGUGGCGUUGAUGUGGUACCUCUACGGUCGUGGUUCUGAGGCUGAGCAAUUGGAGAAAGCGCAGCUGUGUGUAUACCCCGGCGGUAUGAUAUUUCUCCGCUUUAAGCGUGUGAAGACUGCUUCGCAACUGGGAAUCUCCCCGUUUAAGGAUCCUAACGAUCCCUUCACGUGCCCGUUACACGUGCUAGCUGUCGCUCUCGCCCUUCAACCCGCUCCAGGAACUCGCAUCUUCCCGCAAUUUGCUGCCGUACUUGCGCUGUCCGCGUCCAACAACCAAAACGACGAUGGCGAGCUGGGGCUGAUUGCGCAGCUAGACCGCGAGCUUGCGGAAGCACCUACAUGCAAGACUCCACAGCCACGUCGAGCCAACUCGGCCCCUGGUGCCCAAGCUUAUAUCAAUAGACUAUUAGUCACGGUUAGUGGACUGCCAGCAGCAAAGGAGAGUGGACUCACGAAGGGACUUACCUCGCACUCCUUCAGAAGAGGUGGGGCCAUGCACGCCAACGCCGACAGUCGCAUUAGCCCGAACUGGGUUGUUGAACGCGGGGGCUCGAAUAUGUCGCGCGUGAGCAAGGUGUUUUCCUACAUGCUGAACACAACACACGAAGAUCAACAAGUUGCGCGCCAAUUGAGCGGGUGGAACCCGCAAGCGGGCGCCCGACUUCCAGACCUUACCGCCCUGGACGGAGCCGUCCGAGCGCGCGUGGAGAAGCUGCAGGAUCUCCUCUUCGCUGCUGUCACUGGUUUCCCGACAGUGUCUUGGAACUUGGAUCCUCAGGUGCUCGAAGUGUUGAUGGCGACCUUGAUCAUUCACUUCCCCGAGAUGGAACGCCAUCGCUUGGAUAGCCCGUACGUCCGUCGCAUUCAUGAAGCCCUUGGUGUCCUCAACAUACAGGCCUCCGAGCUGUUGGCAUGGUCGAUCACCCCCCGAGCUGCGUUCAAUCCACCUGCAGAAGAGAAACAAGAAACAGCGGCCGAGUCCUCUCAAAACAUGAUCCGUGUUCUCGAAAAGCUGUCGCAGCAGCUUGACGAGCUAUUGCUCUGCCAAACACGCGUAGAGGAAAGGCUGGCUGUUUUGGGGGCGAACGCAGAAUCCAUUGACAAGAAAACAAACACUACCGAGCAGCAGCACGAAGACGUUGAGCAGUCGCAGCCAAAGCGCGCGCGCAAACGUGCCUCCAAAGCGCUAUCGACAGUGUGGUUCGAAUGGUUCACUGCUGUACCACGCACGUACGAAUCAACAACACUGGAUCCGGCCUCGCCAGCGUACAAGGCGGAGGUCCACGCUGUUGGAGUCGAAGCCGAGAAGAAGACCCUUGACUACUUGGCUGCACAAGGCUCACAGGCUGUAGCCGUUGGCUCGGUCGUCAAAGUCAUGCGUGCGCUUCACAAAGCAGGCCACCUUUCCGUCCUCCUUGACCAGUUUCGCGAGCGCUACUAUGAAGGCGAAGUCGUCGACCCGACACCCAAUUCUGCCCUUCCGUCAUUCCUGCGCUUCACCUAA